ACCAUAUUUACGCAUUUUUGUGCAGGAUGACAUCUCAUUGGGGGGAGUACCCAGCUCCUGAUGGUGACUGUGGCCUGACAGCCCUGGACACAGUUAUGUCCAUGAGGCCUCUAGAGCUUGAAGGACCACGCCUACAUCAGCCAUCCAAGAGACACUACCCUCCUUCUAAUGAAGCCCAGACUCAGUUUGGUAUGGAUCCCCGGGUGGUGCACACCAUACAGCUCCUGCAGCAUGCCCGCAUACUGAGGCAGCUCAUUCACAACAUACAGAGCUCACAGCAGGAGAAGUGUGUGGACUUCAAGGUAAGCUACCAAGACGCACCAGCCCUUCCUACAUUCACAGGAGAUGACCCACCUGCAAACAAAACACAGUCCCCUCUGGCAUUUGUGGCUCAACACACAGACAAUGCUGGUGUACGUGUUAUGGGUGAAGCCCCCCUGGAGGUUGACAGUGUUACAUGUCGAUCUCUGCUGAGGAAGUCUGUGGCAGCUAUCCUGGCUCAUACAGGAUAUGAUGUUUGUGGAGAGUCAGUGUUGGAGACACUAACAGAUGUCACAAGUGAGUUUUACCUCCAGUUAACGAGACACAUGAGAGCAGCAGCAGACAACCUCGCUUUGCAUGAUGCUUCAGGAUUUCCUGACAUAUUAGAACAGGUACUGCAGGAGCUAGGGCUGGGCAGUGUGUGUGGCCUGCAUGAGUUCUACGAGCAGCGUGUGGUGCGCUACCAGCGUCAUAUGCAGGAUGUCUGCCGACAGCUGGUCACACAGUACGACAAGCUCAAGGAACCCAUACUGCAGCAGCAACAGCAGCAGCAGCCGGACACACUGUCAGUUAUCAGGAUAAAAGAAGAACCCUCUGAAAUCCACUUUCCAGAGCUGGAUGAAAUAGACGAGGCAAACAAUGGGGAACAUCUCCUAAAUCUAAAUGAUUUAGGAGGGUUCGAAAUAACAGUGGAGCAUGAAUCUGCCAGUGGCCUGACGACAGAAGUGGAAUCAAAAUGGUCAGCUGUGAAGUCGGAAACCAAUGAAAACAAAAUGACGGGCUAUGAGCCAAUGGAAGAGGAGGAGCGGGUUGUUAAAUCUGUGGCAUCCAGUGAACAGGAUGAGGUGGGAACUGAUUCCCAGUCUGUCAACGUGUCAGAUAUUAUGUCACCUACAGCAAAUUUCAAUAAAACUAAGAAAAAGUGAAUACUGUUCAUGUUGUUUGGAAAAAUCUCCAUGAAACUUCAGCUGACAUGCUCAUCAGAUGGAAAUAAUUUUGGUACAAGUUACAUAUAAAGAAAGUGUUGGUAAACCAGCCAAUUACGUGUUAAAAUGGAUUUAACACUGCCAUUGUCAUUUUUAGAUUACAUUAUUUAUCAAGCAAGAGUAUUUUCAACACAAAAAUUAUUUAGAUUAAACAAAUCAACAUAUACAUGUAAAACAUAUACUUUCAAUAAAACAGCAUUUUCUGA